AUUUGUUUCCACCAAUAAUCCGUAACAGAAUUUCAGUCUGAAUACACCCAGGCUGACCCAGGUCCAGGACCAGGUACUGCUCUCAAACCCAUCUUUCAAGAUCAUCUCGGUUCAUUUCCAAUAAGACUGAGAUCCAGUUCACUCCAAGUUUCCUCAGGUAGUAAGCUAGUAACCAUGACGAUAAGACAUAGCGCUCAUUCAAAUUUUGCCGGAUAAAUGCUGGCUCAUUAAAACAACUGUUAACAUGACACAUCAUUUCUCACUGUUGUCCCAACACUUAUCAGCGUACUUUCAUUCCCGUCGUCUCCUCAGUAAUCGCCUUGCAGCAGGCCUCUGCUGUACCAAAGUGUUGCACCUGUACUUUACAUUAAUACACAGAGAUCUUUUGUCAUGUUUUUUUUUUUUUUUUUUUUUACAAGCUUUAGUUCGAAACAGAAAUGUCUGAAUACAGACCACAGACAGUAUCACUGUUAUGUAUAAACUGAUCAAUUAGAAACCUCAGAAAAAUCAUGUGGUACCCGCUGGCCUCCACCUCCAACGUUUGAUUGACAGAUUCUCCUGAGCCGCUUUCAAUGAAAAGGAUGUGGACUUCGAACAAGCUCACUCCUCAUUUGUUGACAGUAGUUGCCCUAGAAACAAUUGACUCAGACGGACUUUGGGUCCAAAUGGUGGCGCCCGUAAUGCGGAAAAAUAGUCACUGAAUUGGCUUCAUUUCGCUGGAUCUGGUGGUAAGAAAUCUUGAAUGGGUGAUGUCACACCCGCUUCGUCCAUCUUUAUUCACAGUCUAUGACACAGACCAAGCGCAACAGACUUUUCCAGUCUGAAUACACCCUAAAAGUUAGGCAGUAUACUUGAAUUUGACUUUUAUUUAUUUGUUAACCUUAAAAUGUUCCGAAUUAGUCUGAAGAAGUAGUCAGUUAGUGUACCUCCUACCUGGACAGUACAUGGUCUAUCUAUAGUAUACUUGUUAUACUUACAGUCAAAUAUACUUAAUAAAAAAAAUAUCAAGUGUACUACUUUUUGCUAAGGGAAAACAACUAUUUAAAAGACAAAGUUCUAUACAUUAGCUCAAUCUUCGUGAAACGUUUGUACAUUUCCUUAUGGAUCUUUUCUUUUCUUUAUGGAUCAGUUUAUGUACAUUUUUGCAGAUGUUUUUAACAUUCCGUGACUGCAGACAGCAAAGGUUGGAUGACGGGCUGUAGAUGUCAUCUUGGAUGAGAAGUCCAGAAUCCUGCACUAAACAGGACGCAUACAGUGGUGCAGCAGUGUGGAGCCUCUCAGCAGCAGGAGGUGGAGGAGGAUCAGCCUUCAUCAGGCCCCUUUAGGCCCUCCCCCCGCGCCCCUCCUCACGGCUGCUCUGCUGCCUCCUCAGCGGGUCUUUUCGGAGACAGUCUUCUCCUAACCGGACUGAGGGUCUCCUGAGGCGGUGACCGUGCGGGAUGAGGGCCGCGGAGGCCGCAGCGCGCGUUUGGGAGCGGCGCUCGUAACAGCUGAAAUCAGGAAAUGCUGCAGCCAUCUCUGAUGAGACCAUGAGAGCCCACACCCGUGGGGCGCCCACAGCCUUCUUUAUACUGUGGGCACUGCUGGUUCCGGCUUCCCCAGCUGAAGUAGACCCCAGCGGGGGAAUUCCCUUCAUGGGAGGCAACUACGAUGGUCAUCCCAUGCUGUAUUUCAGUAGAGGCGACGUGGAGGAGCUGCAGUACGCCGCAGCAGGAAGUCACCGUGACAUGGCCCGAAGGAUCCGUGAAGCUGGGGAAGCCAUGCUGGAGCACCCAGAGGAGUACCUGCCCCCCUGGAGCCCCGUCGAGUUCAGCGCCCGCUGGAAUGAGGUGUACGGGAACAACCUGGGCGUGUUAUCCAUGUUCUGCCUGCUGUAUCCGCAUCGGGCCGGGGCCCUCCACCUGGCCAAGGACUACAUGGAGAGGAUGGCGGCGCAGCCUAGUUGGUUGGUCAAGGACGCCCCGUGGGACGAGGUUCCCCUGGCGCACUCUUUGGUGGGCUUCGCCACAGCAUACGACUUCCUGCACGAGUACCUAAACAAGGACCAACAGGAGCGUUUCCUGCAGGUCAUCGGCAAUGCUUCACGCCUCAUGUAUGAGAAGUCCUACGUUCGAGGGUGGGGGUUUCAAUACCUGCACAACCAUCAGCCCACCAACUGCGUGGCUCUGUUAACAGGAAGUCUGGUUUACAUGUCUCAAGGUUACCUUCAGGAGGCAUACUUGUGGACCAAACAAGUUUUGUCCAUCAUGGAGAAGUUCAUGGUUCUGCUGCAGGAUGUGACGGAUGGCUCGCUCUAUGAGGGCGUGGCCUAUGGGACCUACACCACCCGCUCUCUUUUCCAGUACAUGUUUCUGGUACAGCGCCACUUUGCCAUCGGCCACUUUAGUCACCCCUGGCUGCUUCAACACUUUGCUUUCCUCUACAGGACCAUCCUCCCCGGCUUUCAGAGGACUGUGGCCAUUGCCGAUUCCAACUACAACUGGUUUUACGGUCCAGAGAGCCAGCUGGUCUUCUUGGACCGCUAUGUGUUGCGUAAUGGAAGUGGAAACUGGCUGGCAGAGCUGAUUCAUCAGAACAGAGUGGUGGAAGGGCCGGGCCAGGCGGGAAAAGGCCAGCGAUGGUGCACACUUCACACAGAGUUCAUCUGGUAUGAUCCAGGCCUGAUCCCUAAACCUCCUUCAGACUAUGGAACUCCUCAGCUUCAUUACUUUGAGGACUGGGGCGUUGUUACCUACGGCAGUGCUUUGCCUGCAGACUCCAACCACUCCUUUCUGUCCUUCAAAUCUGGAAAACUAGGAGGACGUGCCAUAUUUAAUAUUGUUCAUAAUAACAAGUACAAGGAGUGGAUCAAAGGUUGGAGGAACUUUAAUGCUGGCCAUGAGCACCCUGACCAGAACAGUUUCACUUUUGCACCCAACGGUGUCCCAUUCAUCACGGAGGCGCUGUACGGCCCCAAGUACUCUCUGCUUAACAAUGUUCUGUUGUUCAGCUCGGGCCUCUCAGGGAGCUGCUUCACCCCUUGGGCUGGCCAGGUCACAGAGGCCUGUGAUUCCAAGUGGUUAAAGUACAAGGCGGGUCUCGCAGCAGAUGCCCAGGGCACAGUGGAAGCUGCUAUGGAAAGAAAAGGAAUGAUCUUCAUCCGAGGCGAGGGACAUUCAGCUUACAGCCCGGAUCUGAAGAUCCGGAACUUCCAAAGGAAUUUGCUCCUGCUUCAUCCACAGCUCCUGCUGUUGGUUGACCACAUCCACCUGGAGCCAGAGAGCCCAGCCAGAGCAAUGAGUGCCUUCUUCCACAACACAGACCUGCCUUUCCAUGGUAUGAAGGUAGAUGACAUUUAUGGAGCAUUUGUGUCGCACGGAGGGCUUAAAUAUAAGAUGUUUUGGAUGGAUGACACAAGUAGCAGCAGCAAAGGGGUGGUAGGCUAUUGGAAUUAUCCUCGAGGGUACCCAUAUAUUGGCUCCAACUAUGUGAACGUCACAAUGCCAUUAAGGUACCCUCACACAAGGAUCGCCUACAUUUUCUUCGGACCUGACAUGGACGUACAGAGUUUCAGCUUACGUGGGGACAACCAGAGGGUGGAUGUUUACCUCACCACUAAGGACCACACCUACACUAUCUACCUGCUGACCGGAGAGGUCAUCACUAAGCCUUUAUUUGCCAUGGUUCUGAUGGACCAAAAGAAGAUUGUAUUUGAAAGGGCAGCAGCUGUACCAGACAGUUCACCCCAGGAAGUAGAAGAAUACGUCAACGUGGUGGAGGACAACCUCCAGCAUGUCAAACCUGUCUUCCAGCAAAUGGAGAGGCACAUCCUUGGGCGGGUCCUCAACAGCGCCAGCUUUCGUAAAACUGCAGAGCGCCUCUUGCACUUUUCUGACAAGAAGAAGACGGAAGAGGUCAUCGAGAAGAUGUUUGCCAUGUCCAAAAAGCAAAGCAAAAGUAAAUGGGAUAAAAAGAUGAGCUUUGGGGAGAAGCUGUCUGAGAACAUGCCUGAUAUUUUUGCUCAGGUUGAGGUGAAUGAAAAAAAACAGAGGCAGAGGACUUCAAAGCGUACGUAUGAAUACAGCCCAGAGGAAGGAGACGCAGACUCACGGGCUUUCAUGGAUUAUGUAGAAGGCCGCAAGAACAGAAAGGGGGGCUUUGUCAAAGGUCGCAGAUUCAAGGAGGUUCAUAUGGUGGCCACAACUGGGAGUGAGGGUCUGUCCAGCACAGCCUCCUACAUUAGACUCUUCCUCCUGUUGAACACCACCACCUUCUUCCUUCUGCUGGCAGUGCUGCUCACCCGGUUCCAGAGGGGCCGCAGCCUGCACACACAAAGGUGCUUCUACACCAUCCUUCUGAUUGACUGCUUCAUCCUGCUGUACCUCUACUCCUCCUGCUCCCACACACAGUGCUAACACCAGGAGAAUCUGCUCUCCAAGGAUGUGCAUUACACUGACUCCACCUCACCAGUGUCUUUGAGUAAGGCUUGAUGGAAGAGCGGUAUGGCCACUGUUCAAAACACAUGUUGAAGUAAACAGGACGCACUGCAAAAACUGAAACUUAAAAAUAGGGAUGACGACAUAUUUGUGCCAGUAUCGGUAUCUGCAGAUAUUUGCAUAAUUUCAGUUUAGCGUUAUCCGUCUGAUAUUAAAAAAAUCUAUAUUUUCAGAUACAUUUUUAUUUUUGAGAUGGAUACUUGUUCCUCAUGGAUCCCAAGCACUGGCAAAGUUUUAAAGAGAUACUUGUUCCUAUGUGAUCCCUUUUUGUAUUUCAAAAAGUUCCAGUACAAUGUGAUUGUAUAGCAAAAGAAAAGUGCAUUUGUAAUAAGAAAAACAAGAAGGAAAUCUAAACUUUGGGUUAUUCCUGACACCUUUAUAUCAGUAUUGGCAAAUAUCGGCUGUCAGCCACAGCUGCAGGGGAAAUAUCGUUUAUCGGUAUCGGCGAAUAAAAUAUCAACCCAUCCCUACUUAAAAAACUAAAAAUACUUGUUUCAAGGAAAUGUGUCUUAUUUCCUGUUUUGCAAGAAAAAUAAUCUUAUAAAGAAAGAUUUUCAAUUGCAAAAUGAUCUCAGAGAAAAUACGUCUUAGUGACUAAAAUGUUUUUUUCUUAAAAUAAAAGACCAUUUUCCUUA